AUGGACACCGGCAAAACUCUGAAGGAAGCUCUCAAGAAUGCUCAAGCUGACGGUCGCGUUACCGUUGGAGUCUAUGAGUGCGCCAAAAUAAUGACUGAAGACCCAGACAGUGUGUCUUUCUGUGUGCUGGCCACUGAUGCCUUUGAGUGCGAUGUGGCCCUGCAGAUCCACUUCACUCUCAUCCAGGCCUUCUGUUUCGACAAUGACAUCAGCAUCGUCAGAGUGAACGACCUGGAGCGCAUCCACAAGAUUGUUGGGGACAAGUCUCAGAAUCUGGAAGAUGCCCACUGUGUCCUUAUCACGACACCUGUCGAAGGUUCUUGGGAGGACCCAGCACUGGAGAAGCUGCACCUGUUCUGUGAAGAAAGCCGCAGCCUGAACGACUGGGUCCCAGAGAUCACUCUGCCUGAGCGUUGAUCUGGGGCC